AUGGCUGAAUCUCCAGAUUCUGAUGUGGAAGAGGUAAAGGAGUCCUCUAGGAUAUCCCUCAGCACAUGGCUAGAGUUUUUGGACCCUAUAUCAUCAACUGUUCAAUCCUACCAAACUCCCAGGAAGUAUUUAUCGCAUGCCAAACAACGCCUAAAGAAAAGCAAGACCCGCUUGAAAUUAAACAGGUUCAAGAACUCGGCGCAAGAUUUGACUCCUCAGCUCGAGGACUUCAAGAAAAGAACUUUACAAACUUUGCACUCUCUUGACAAGCCUCUCGAAACCAUAUUUUUCCACAACAGCUCUAAACUCGAAAAAUGGUUCUACCCUUUCACGCUUUUCAAUAUUUUUGCAAUUGGAUUCAUGAUGGGAAAAUUCCCGGAAUGGUUUCACGUAUACUACACCGUGAUGUUCGUGAUACUGAUGCCCAUCCGAUUCUACACUUAUUACAAGACUAAUAGUCACUAUUACUUGGCAGACCUCUGCUACUACGUGAAUAUGAUGUGCCUUCUAUUCAUAUGGGUCUGUCCUUACUCUGUGCAUUUGUAUCAGUCGUGCUUCGCAUUCACAUUUGGAACUUUGAGCUUUGCCGUAAUAACGUGGCGAAAUUCCCUUGUCAUUCAUAAUGUGGAUAAAAUUACAUCUUGCUUUAUCCACAUCAUGCCUCCACUAACCAUGUACACUAUCCAUCAUGCUAUCGAUGAGGCUACCAAACGUGAAAGGUUUCCAGCUGCUUCCUUAGAGGCAUCCAAAACUUGGAACUUGAAAACCAAUAUUCUCUGGACGUCACUAUAUUAUCUGGUGUGGCAAAGUGCCUAUCACUACUUCAUUACUUUACGUCAAUCCUCAAAGAUCAAAUCGGGUCAGAGGGUAACUAGUUUUGAAUACCUUACGACUCAUCAAUUCAAAAACAUGUGGGCAACCAAACUUCCGGAUCCAUGGCCAAUGUUUUUUUAUAUCCUUUUCCAGUAUUGCUACCAGUUGGGUACUAUGAUGUUAUGCGGAUUUUGGUUCAAUUCGCGUUUGGCUGCUGCAGGGUUCAUGGCUUUCAUAUUUUUAUGUGCAGCAAAAAAUGGUGCCAAUUAUUAUAUUGACUACUACGGAAAGAAGUUUGAAAAAGAAGUCGACAAGUUGAAACUAGAGGUUGAAACUUUGCAACAACAAUUAAAUGAUAGAGGUUCGUCUAGUAGCCUUUCAAAAGAUGAACUUGAAUAG